GGUUAGGAAUCGAUUGCGUAAUUUGCUAAUUACGCUAUUAUGUAAUUUCGUCGGACUAUCUUAGAUUUCAAAUCGCAUCGCAAUUAAUUUUAUUAUCUGUGCCGUUGCGGACGAGACGUUACGGCACGAGUCGCGAAAAAUAAGAUAAACAAAAAGAUAUAUUUAUAAAUCGACGCGAAAUCGAAAAUGUUUCCUCCGACGCGCAUUAGGAGCUGCCUUCCAGUUAUGAAUCCGCUUUUCAAGCAACGGUUGCGUCCCCACCGACCUUUUAGGCAAACGAGCUCCGUACACCAAACAAAGAGUGUUAAUCUUCAAAAGACGAAAUGGCUAAAUUUUCGCUCUAUAUUCACUCGGUGGAUGCCUUUAGGAAGUGUUAUUUACGUAGGAUGGUGUUACAUACGAGCAAGUAUCAAUUACGAAGUGUCUAAAGUGGAAAUUCGUUUCUACGAAUUAUUCCCUUUUAGAGUCACAAGUCGAAUAUGGGGGAAGAUUGCGGCAUGCGAAUUGCCUGUAUCAUUGCGCGGCUUCGUCUACGGUACGUACGUGAAGAUGUUUAACGUGAAUUUGAACGAUGCGGCGGUGACAGACUUGAGUUAUUAUAAAAGUUUGUCGGCUUUCUUUACGAGACCGCUCAGAGAGGGUGCCAGGUACAUCGCGCCUUCCCCUUGUGUUUCACCGUGCGAUGGGGUGGUAUUAAACUGCGGGCCGGCGAACACAGACAAGAUAGAGCAAGUUAAAGGCGUCACUUACAGUCUGGAAGAGUUUUUGGGUGACAAUAAAUGGUCUAAGAAGAAAUCUGAAGAUUAUUACAAUUCUUUAUUGACCAACAAAGAGAAUAUACUACAUCAAUGUAUAAUAUACUUGGCUCCAGGAGACUACCAUCGUUUCCACUCUCCGUGCAACUGGACAGCAACGUUCCGGAGACAUUUCUCUGGUAAAUUAUUAUCAGUGAAUCCAUGGUUAGCGAGACUAAUUCCUGGAUUAUUUACAAUGAAUGAACGAGCGGUGUACGUCGGGGAAUGGAAAUAUGGCUUCUUCAGCAUGACGGCAGUCGGAGCGACCAACGUUGGAUCAAUAGAAAUAUAUUCCGACCCAGAACUACGGACUAAUACGAAAGGCAAACGGAACAGGGUCAACGAAGCGGAUUUACAGGUUACGUAUCAAAAGGGCGACUUAUUUGGGCAAUUUAAUAUGGGUAGUACGAUAAUACUGUUGUUUGAGGCUCCGAAAGACUUCAAAUUCGACAUGGCUGCAGGUGAUAGGGUUUUAGUAGGCCAAGCGCUAUCGCUAGCAGCAAAAGAACAGACGAGAUGACCUGCUUACGUUGAUUUUGUGCAUUUUGCACAGUUUGCGCUGAUUUUUUACAUUGUAACGUAUGUACUGUGAUUUGCUGAGUUUAGCCAUGUUCGGAUUUGUACUGCUUGUCAUGCAAAAUAUUAUGUAUGUAAAUGAGCUGAUUUGACUCGCACAAGUAACAUGAAGUGUUUAUAAAGAAAUCUUUGAUAUAUUAGCGAAAUUCCAUAUUGUUUAGUAUAUUUAUUUAUUUAUUUGUAAUAAGGUACACCAACAGCACUACAUAUUACAUCAAUCAAUAUUAUAAAAAACUAUAAGGUACAGCAUCUGAUAUGUGUGCUACUAAUAGGUGAACACAGCAUUUACCACUAACAGUAUAAAAUAUAUUUAAAAUGUUAUGUGAACUAGUUUCUUAAUAUAUUUUAUUUACAUUAUUAGGUACCCCAAUAGGCUUCAAUAGUUUUUAAAUAUUGUUCCAUAAUGGUAGUAUUUUUUAUGUAUUGCUUUGUAUGAUGAGAUGAGCUUUCCAUUCGCUUGAUGUUAAGCAAUACAACCGUGCAUAAAAAGUAGAAACACCCUGUUAGGUGAAUGACAAAUUACAAAGUAUUGUUUGGUAUUCCACUGCGCUCACCAUCCUACGACAUGAGAUAUUAACUCUUAUUAUGUCCAGUAGUUACACUGGUUACCAAUGUAAUUGUAAUGUUGUGUUUAAAAGACAAUGUCCUACAAACCGGUACACAACAGUAAAUACACACUGCUGCUUAGCAGAAAUAGACAUUGCAGUGCGACCUACCCAAGCGGACUCUCACAUAUGAGAGACCUACCACCAGUAUUUUAUUUAUUAUUUGUUAUCAGGCAGGUAGUUUGUUUAACCAAUAAGCCUAUACCCUGCAAUUCUUAAUCCUGGUUUCAAUUCAUAACAAGUUAAUUGUAAAGUUUCUUCUUAAAUCCAUUCACAUUUCUCAAGAGUUCAUAAUCCACGUGUCCAAGAUAUAUUUCUAUAUACUCCAGGAUUUGCUCUUUUGUACCAAAUUUUAUCAAAGUUAGUAUAACAAAAUCUGUGUCUACUUCUAACAAAUAUUGUUACAAAAUUUUUCGAAACAAACACUCCUUUCAAAAGAGGUAUGGUGAUGUGUAACCAGGGUAUUUAUUUUUGCCAAGCCUGUCGUUAAGGGCAUGCUUAUUGCCAUAUGUAGCAUGAAUUACAGACUCCAACUUAAUACUGAGCGGAAAACCCUAAUAUCACUUUAUUUUUAUUUUUACACACAAAACAGGUUGCAAUAAUACAAACUUAAUGCUACAAAGGAGGUUUCUUAACACAAUUAUAACCCAAAACUUGUUUUUCACAAUAAAUUUAUACAACUGUGAAUGAUGUAACUAAGUAAUAAUGAUAAAGGAAAAGAGAAAGUGAUACCUUACUGAAAAACUUUGUUUGAACUACAACCCGAACCUGGGACCUCAGAGCUGUAUUGUACUGCACACUAAAUACAUCUACACCACCAAGGCAGUAAGAAUUAUAUAUAACUAGUUGACCCGACA